UCGUAGCACCAACCCAUGGAAGCGUCGGCCACCUCCAACGUGUUGGCCUUUGUGCCAAUAUUAGCUCUUCUGUUCAGGAUUUCGGAUGGUUGCACCUUCACCGUAUCCAACAACUGUCCCCACCCGAUCUGGCCCGGGACGUUGGCCGGGGCCGGCACACCCCAGCUCCCGACGACCGGCUUCCGGCUCGAUUCCGGGCAGACUGCUCGGAUACGAGCCCCACCCGGGUGGUCAGGCCGGAUAUGGGCUCGAACAGGAUGCAACUUCGACACCAACGGAGCCGGCACGUGCCAAACCGGAGACUGCGGCGGACGGAUGGAGUGUGGAGGCAUUGGGGCUCUACCGCCGGUGACAUUGUUUGAGAUCACCCUCGGCACAGGCCUGGACGAGGAUUACUACGACGUGAGUCUCGUGGACGGAUACAACUUGCCUGUCGUCGCGGCACCGAGGGUGCUACACGGAGGUUGUAACGCGACCGGAUGUUUAGCAGAUCUCAACCGUGGUUGUCCCAAGGAGCUUCGGGUGGACGGUGGCGGUGGGGUGGUGGCAUGCAGGAGUGCUUGUGAGGCAUUCGGGCUGGAUGAGUACUGCUGCAGCGGGGAGUAUGCUAACCCCUCCUCCUGUAAACCAUCUUUCUAUUCAACCAUCUUCAAGGCUGCCUGCCCAAGAGCAUAUAGCUACGCAUUUGAUGAUGGCACAAGCACCUUCACCUGCAACGCCUAUGAUUACACCAUUGUCUUCUGCGCCAAUGUCAACAGGAUGAGGAGCUCACACAAUUAUUCUAAGGGUCAACCUACUGGUGACGAACCUGCGGAUACGCCAUCCUCUGCGAACAACCUUCCUUUUCAUCUAUGCUUCCUCCUCCUGUUCAUUCUGUUCUUCUAGGAUAGCUGAAGAGAUCUAUGAACACAAGCUGGAUCGAUAUCAUGACAGCUCAAAGAGGCAGGCCAGGCCAAACUAAAGUUGACAUAAACUCGUGCAAGGAGGAUCUUUGCCAUGCGGAGUUCAUCACACGUCGUGACCUAGUUGAUCUCUAUCGACCACACUUUCGACAGUCUCAAUCAAGGAGCCAGUGGUGUGCAAAAAAGUUAGAGAUGUAGAUCUCAAUAUGAUCUCUUGGGAGGAGAUCGUAACGAGCUUCCUUGGUGAUUGCGUCUUAAGAACUCGUUAUGCUUGACAACAAAUGGUACUAAAAUAUUAUUAAAUCCUCAAAAUAACCAGCAUGUACU